GAGGUGCAGACGGAGCCGGUGCUGAACGCACUGAGGGACACGAGGAAAAAAGGACGCUGCAAAAAUCUCUCAAAGGAGAGUCUGCCGUCGGCUCAUCUACCGAUCAGAACGUAUCAGGAGUUCUCUAAGAAGAGCGAGCAGGCCAUCACCAUCGACUGGGACGAGGACCACGGAUACUGCCACAAAAUGCGCUACCAGAAGGGCAAGCUGCUGGUGACGGAGCUGGGCUUCUACUACGUUUACGCCAAGACCUGCUUCCGCUACUACAAGUACGCGCCCGAGGACAGCACUCAGCCCGGGAGCCUGCCGAUGGAUGUUAGGAACACCCAGCUCAUCCAGUACGUCUACCGCGAGAGCAUCAAACAGAACAGCAAGGCCAUAAUGCUGAUGAAGACGGGCAGCACCGUGCGCUUGAACAGCACGAGCUAUAACAUGUACUGCGCCCAGCAGGGCCGCGGCGUGCGGCUGGAGGAAGGAGACACCUUGUUUGUCAACGUGUCCAACGCGUGGAUGCUGGACCUGGAGGGUGAAGGGACGUAUUUCGGGGCCAUUAAGUUGGGUAACUGAAAUUUUAAAAGAAACGUGAGGAGCGGACAUGCUACUGAACAUUUGAUAUGCCAAAGAACCACUGUUAGUGAUUUACAAUGUACAAAGAGUGUGUGUUUUUUUUUAUAUUGUACAUUAUUGUUGUUUUUUUUUACAUUUGCUCUUCACCAGUUAGCCUUGGAUUCCUUCAUGAGAACAUCUAAUGGAAACGUGAUCACCUCUUAAAAACUCAUCUUGCCACUUAGCCCCUCGAACCCUCCCACAAACGAAACAUGAGCUUCAUCCCCAAAAAAUAGCACUGGACUUUUCUUUUAUUUUUAGAGUUGGGUUUUU